CGGAAAGUCAGUCUCUGGUUGUUGGGUUCGAUUCCCGCUCGAGAUGUUUAUUUUUCGGCGGUUUUGUUUUCGACAGAAAAGAAUAAAGAAAUAAAUAACAGCCUUGUGAUCUAUACAAGUAAAUGUAGAAUAUGUUUGGAAGACUACAAUCAAGCGCACAACGAUGAAUGCUCCAAACAAUAUAAAUGUGCAUAAUGUCAUGAAGAACAUUAUUCUUUAGAUGGCGAAUGUCCAGAAAUACAACAACACCGUCAAGAACUCAACAAGGCAGUUAAAGCAGCAGUUAGGGCAGGUACAAUUCAAAACGUUACUACUAAUCAAGCAUCUAAACCCUCACAAAAUCAAUCAACAAGUAAUACAAAUCUAAACUUUGCCAAUUCCAAUUUUCCACCGUUUCCAUCAGCCACUAUAUCGAAACAAAAUACAAAACCACCACCAUGGGCACAAAAGAAUACAUCGAUAACAACAAAUCAAAUCAACGAUAUAACCAAUGAUCAACUCUUCGAGAAACUGUGCAAUCACAUCGACCAAGCUAAUGAAAAAGCAAAUACCAAAAUUCAAAUAAUGGAAGAAACAUUAAAAUUAAGUGAUAAUGCCAUAGCAGUGCUACACAAUCGAGUAUCCAAGAUGGUGGAAAUCCUGCAAAUCAUUGUACAAGCAGUAGCACUUACAACAACAUUAAACGACUCAGAAGUUAACAUGGCCGAACUUGUGUUAAAAGCGAUGACUUGUUUAGGAGAAGAAAAGAACAUACUCAAUAUCGGAGGUGAUGGACAACCUCGAUCACAAGAAAAAGAUGAUACUAUGAUCAUUGAAGUACCGGUAAGACAAACGCAAGCAGAUCAAUCUACAAAAUCUAAUGUACAGUAA